GCUCUACGUCCCUACGUCACUGACCCGGAAGUUGCGCGUUGACAGCCCCCGUGCUGCCCACGUGACACUCUCAGUCCGCCGUUACUGUGGUUGUCGGACUGGAGUUUCUCGGUCAUGUCGUCCAGGAAUCCCGGGGCAGCCCUCGACCUGGAGUGGAUAUCCAGAGUGAGGGUGAACACUCAGGCGGUGCUGAAGAGAGCUCAGAACAUUCAAGGACAGAAGCUUCCCAAGAAACAGUGGCAGUCUGCCUGGCUGUUGAAGGCCGUCACCUGCAUCGAUCUGACCACCUUGUCUGGAGAUGACACCCCCUCCAACGUACAUCGACUCUGCAUGAAAGCCAUCCAGCCAGUGAGACGCGACCUGCUCAGGACGAUGGACAUGCAUGACAAAGGAAUCACUACAGCUGCAGUGUGUGUGUAUCCUUCUCGCGUUGCUGAUGCCGUCCGCUCACUGAAAGCAGCAAACUCCAGCCUUCCUGUCGCCUCAGUGGCCACCGGCUUCCCGGCUGGCCAGACGCCGCUGGAGAGUCGGCUGCAGGAAGUCCGCUCUGCGGUGAGCGACGGAGCCACCGAGAUCGACAUCGUCAUCAACCGGAUGCUGGCUCUCACGGGGCAGUGGGAAGCCAUGUUCAACGAGAUCCGGCAGUUCCGAGAGGCCUGUGGCGACGCCCACAUGAAGACCAUCCUGGCGGUUGGAGAGCUGGAAACCCUCAGCAACGUCUACAAAGCCAGCAUGGUGGCCAUGAUGGCAGGCUCAGACUUCAUCAAGACGUCGACGGGAAAGGAGGCGGUCAACGCCACGUACCCCGUCGCCAUAGUGAUGCUGAGAGCCAUCCGAGACUACUUCCUGUGGACCGGACACAAGGUGGGCUUUAAGCCGGCGGGGGGCAUCCGCACCGCUCAGGAGUCUCUGGUGUGGCUGACUCUCAUCAAAGAGGAGCUGGGCGCCGACUGGCUCCACCCACACUUGUUUCGGCUGGGAGCCAGCAGCUUAUUGGCUGACAUCGAGAGGCAGAUCUACCACGAGGCGACGGGUCAGUACGCGGCCCAUCACGAGCUGCCCAUGGCCUGAAGCCACGCCCCCUGCAGACUCCUCUGGGACAAGCAGGAGAUGGUGCUCCGUCUGCUUUGACCUUUCUGUCUUCCACACCUCGGUUUAUGACAUUAAACUGAUUUUUUCAACAGC